CAUGAAAAAAAUAGGCAUUGAGAUUUUAUAAUUGUAUCUUUACGUUUAAAUACAAUAUAGGCAUACUGAACAUUCAAUUAAAAUGUUGGCUUUGUAGUUUAUUUAUUUAUUUUGUCAAUGUAUUUCUCAAUUUUUCACAUUUUAGCGCAAAUUGAGCAAAUCAAAUGAAACAACAUACAAGAUAAGAAAUUAUAAUAGAAAAGUAAAGGACCUGGAAUAAUGGAAGGUGACCCAAUCAUUAAAAAUGGCAAAAAACUGUAAAAUUGUGAAAAAUUAAAUCAUCUGACCAUCACACUUGAUUUCAUUACCCAGUUGGUGGUGAUUUGUAAUGUGUCGCUAGGGGGCGCCAUGUAGAGCUACAGUAGUCACAUAAUGUAACACUCAGCUGUACAUAACACUUCAGUCCAGUUGAGAGGAAACAACAGAACAAAUGUCUCUCUACAGGAAUAUUGUGUGGUUUAUCAAAGGAAUGCGGGAGUAUACAAGGUCUGGAAUUGAGAAUGCCUCCAAGAGCUUUGCAGCGAAGGACCUUGACGUGUCCAUGGUGGGACGUUCCUUCAUGAUCACAGGAGCCAAUAGCGGAAUAGGGAAGGCGGCAGCGAUGGCGAUAGCCAAAAAAGGUGGCAGCGUUCACAUCAUCUGCCGAAACAAAGAGCGAGCCGACAGAGCGAGAGAUGAAAUCAUCUCAGCCAGUGGAAAUUCUGAGGUUUACGUCCAUGUGUUGGACCUCUCAGAGUCAAGAAAGGUUUGGGAGUUUGCAGAGGACUUUAAGAGGGAACACACUUCUCUCAAUGUUCUGAUCAAUAAUGCCGGAUGUAUGGUGCAUCAGAGGGAAAUGAACUCUGACGGAAUGGAAAAAAACUUUGCGACCAAUACUCUUGGUGUUUAUAUUCUCACAAAAUGUCUGAUGCCGUUGUUGGAGAAAAGCAGGGACCCUCGAGUUAUCACAGUGUCAUCGGGGGGCAUGCUGGUUCAACAACUCAACGCUGGCGAUUUACAAACAGAAAGAGCUCCCUUUGACAGUACCAUGGUUUAUGCACAAAACAAGAGGCAGCAGGUAGUAAUGACAGAGUUUUGGGCAAAAGAAAAUCCCAGAAUUCAUUUCUCUGUAAUGCACCCUGGUUGGGCUGACACACCAGCGGUUGCCACGGCGAUGCCUCAGUUCUAUCAGAUGAUGCGCAACCGCCUGCGUACGGCGGAGCAGGGAGCUGACACGGCCAUCUGGCUUGCUGUGUCACACGCCGCCACAGUGUUUCCCAGCGGUCUUUUCUUCCAAGAUCGGAACCCGGUGUCAGCCCACCUGCCGCUUGCAUGGACACACAGCUCCCAACAUGAUGUCAAAGUGUUCAUGAGACGUCUGGAGAAUUUGGCAGUAGCUGUCGAACCUUAAGCGACAGCAGUCACAUCUUAGACGUCCUGUGAAGAAACUUUAGGAUGUUUUAACUAUUAAUAAUGAAGCUGAUAAAAUGUUUUAAAUUGUUCUGUAACUAUGCAUAACAUGCGUAUGGAAAGUAAAAACCUCCUUUUUAAUGUUUGUGAAAAGCAAAAAAGCUGCAUGAAUAUAAUGUAACAUUUCCAAGAAAACUAGAUAUGAGCAUAUUAUCCUUGCUAUGAAUGAAAACAAAUGUGUUUUUGAGUAUCCAGUCACUGUCAUAGAAAACUUUCUGUGAUAUCUCUCUGUUGACUCAUUUUAACGUAACAUUUUUAUGUUCAAAUUAGAAAUAAACACCAAUAACUAACAGUUUUGCCUUAUUGUUGCUCAUAAAGCUGCAUAUUCAUCUCCUACAGUAAAUUGAUAACAUCCAACAUCCACCUGCACUAACUGCAUCAUCAUCUCUCCACAAAUGUGUCUCCCAGCGGUCUCUGUGCCAGGAUGAAACAGAUAUAAAGCUUUA